AUGUGGAAGAUUCUAGAGGCUGUGUCUUUACCAAAACAAGAAACUCAACCUCCACAGCAGCCAACGGUAGCGCCAUCUCCAAUUGGUGCCGCUCCACCAGCUAGUACUCCUCAGUCUCCAUCGGAGACAGGGCUUGGUGCCGUAUACACGCCGACGCACAUCACCAUUACACGCGUGGAUGGCCAAAUGAAGCGCACUGUGGCAGUGACGGAGGUGAUGGACCAGCUUCUUCACUACACGCAACAGAACUCACAGCUUUUGAUGGUGCAAGAGCAACUGGGCCACGCGAACCGCAGUUUGCAGGACCAAUUGCAGCGCAGUGCUGAAAUUAUCAACGGUUUGCAGAAUGAGGUGACGCUUUUCCGGCAGAUGUGUCUGAAUAUGCAGGCCGAGUUGUCGCUGCUUCGCUCCAACGCCGCUCCAGAUGCUGGAAACAAUCUGCAAACACACCAUCGUCCACCACCUGGCAUGUCCUGA